GUCGGUUUUAUUUAGAGGCGGCGCCAGGGCGGCCGCGGAGAAACGUGACACGCCAGCCCGCUCGCAGGGGUUUCGGAGCGAAGGCGAGGAGCAGCGCCGCGCCGUCCGCCUCCCAGCGCGCCGCGGGCACUUUCCGGGCUCCCCCGAACUCCGCCGCGACCUCCGCGCGCCCUCCUGCCGCCCUCCGCGCCCGGGGCUCCGGGCACACUCCCGGGCGGGGUGCACACAAAGUUUGCGGCCGCCGCCGGCCUCCCCGCGCUCGGCCUAGGCGGCUCGCCGCCCGCCCGCCCGCUCGGCCUCGCCCGGCACCGCGUCCUGCCCCGCCGCCGCCACCAUGAACAAGCUAUACAUCGGCAACCUCAACGAGAGCGUGACCCCCGCGGACUUGGAGAAAGUGUUUGCGGAGCACAAGAUCUCCUACAGCGGCCAGUUCCUGGUCAAAUCCGGCUACGCCUUCGUGGACUGCCCGGACGAGCAUUGGGCGAUGAAGGCCAUCGAAACUUUCUCGGGAAAAGUAGAAUUACAAGGAAAACGCUUAGAAAUUGAACAUUCGGUUCCCAAAAAACAAAGGAGUCGGAAGAUCCAAAUCCGGAAUAUUCCACCCCAGCUCCGAUGGGAAGUGCUGGACAGCCUGCUGGCUCAGUAUGGCACCGUAGAGAACUGCGAGCAAGUGAACACCGAGAGCGAGACGGCCGUGGUGAACGUCACUUACUCCAACCGGGAGCAGACCAGGCAAGCCAUCACGAAGCUGAAUGGCCACCAGCUGGAGAACCACGCCCUGAAGGUCUCCUACAUUCCCGACGAGCAGAUAGCCCAGGGCCCCGAGAACGGGCGCCGUGGAGGCUUCGGCUCCCGGGGUCAGCCCCGCCAGGGCUCGCCCGUGGCGGCCGGGGCCCCUGCCAAGCAGCAGCAGGUGGACAUCCCCCUUCGGCUCCUGGUGCCCACCCAGUAUGUCGGCGCCAUCAUUGGCAAGGAGGGUGCUACCAUCCGCAACAUCACGAAGCAGACUCAGUCCAAGAUAGACGUACACAGGAAGGAGAACGCGGGCGCCGCCGAGAAGGCCAUCAGCAUCCACUCCACCCCCGAGGGCUGCUCCUCCGCCUGCAAGAUGAUCUUGGAGAUCAUGCAUAAGGAGGCAAAAGACACCAAAACGGCUGACGAGGUCCCCCUGAAGAUCCUGGCGCACAACAACUUCGUUGGCCGACUCAUCGGCAAGGAGGGGCGGAACCUGAAGAAGGUGGAGCAGGACACAGAGACGAAAAUCACCAUCUCCUCGUUGCAGGACCUGACCCUCUACAACCCCGAGAGGACCAUCACCGUGAAAGGGGCCAUCGAGAACUGCUGCAGGGCCGAGCAGGAAAUCAUGAAGAAAGUGCGAGAGGCCUAUGAAAACGACGUGGCCGCCAUGAGCCUGCAGUCCCACCUGAUCCCGGGCCUGAACCUGGCUGCCGUCGGUCUCUUCCCAGCCUCGUCCAGCGCGGUCCCCCCACCCCCAAGCAGCGUCACUGGGGCGGCUCCCUACAGCUCCUUUAUGGCCCCCGAGCAGGAGGUGGUGCAGGUGUUCAUUCCUGCCCAGGCGGUGGGCGCCAUCAUCGGCAAGAAGGGGCAGCACAUCAAGCAGCUCUCACGGUUCGCCAGCGCCUCCAUCAAGAUUGCUCCCCCGGAAACCCCUGACUCCAAAGUCCGGAUGGUCAUCAUCACCGGCCCCCCGGAGGCCCAGUUCAAGGCUCAGGGAAGAAUCUACGGCAAGCUGAAAGAGGAGAACUUCUUUGGCCCAAAGGAGGAAGUAAAACUGGAGACCCACAUACGGGUGCCAGCCUCGGCAGCCGGCCGGGUCAUUGGCAAAGGUGGCAAAACGGUGAACGAGUUGCAGAACUUGACAGCCGCUGAGGUGGUGGUGCCGCGAGACCAGACCCCUGAUGAGAAUGACCAGGUCAUCGUGAAGAUCAUCGGGCACUUCUAUGCCAGCCAGAUGGCACAGCGGAAGAUCAGGGACAUCCUGGCGCAGGUGAAGCAGCAGCACCAGAAGGGGCAGAGUAACCAGGCGCAGGCGCGGAGGAAGUGAGCCGCCCCUCCCGUGCCAGCGACUCCAGGACCACGGGCGGAAACGCAGCGCGUGCGCUCCCGGGCAGGCCUGAGAAUGAGUGGGGAUCAGGGACAGGCAGGCCGGGCUGUAGAUCAGGUUUGCCCGCUUGCUCGAGACAGAUGCUCCGGUGAGGAGGAACCCUGAUCUCUCGGCCCCCACGCCCCACCUAUUGGCCCGACACCGCCAGCCCCAGGGGUGUCACCAUUGAAAUUCUAGCUCAGGGUGCUUUUAAACGUGGAUUGUUAAAGGAAGUUCUCCAGGCCCCAGCCCCUCCCCACCCUGCCAGAGGGUGGGUCUGACCCUAGUGGGAAGAGAAAUAAAAUUUCUUCCAGGUUUUUAAAACACGCAGAGGGGUGUUUUAAUCAGCCUUCAAGGAUGGUUUGUUUCUUGACCCUAAAAAAUCUGUCCAGCCUUCUUCCUCCUGCCUGGGUAGUUGAUUGAAAUACCCCCUUUUCCAGCCCUCAAACCACCUCCUCCGCUGUUCACCCUGAUUGCUUUACCUUUACUGGUACCAGAAAAAAAUGGGAACUCAUGCCUUGCCUUGCCUACAGUAUUGACCCAAUGGGGAAGACCUAUCAGUAACUGCAGCUGAAUUGAGUCUCUCUCCACUCAACCGAUAGGUACAGCAAGGAAUAAAGAAGGGGGAGAAGAUUGAUUGAAACAGAGUAAUCCACGUUUAAAAGGAGUACCCUCGCGCCUGAUGUUUUCCAGGUCACUGUCUAGACAAAUUGGCACAAGUGAAAUUUCCGGAUUCCCCACCACAUCCAUGUCCCUCUCACCCUGGGGAGGGUCCCACAUCACGUGCAGGUGCACGUAGGUAGGGCCGACACACAGCAGGGUCGGGGCGCGCCACUGUCCCUGAUUCCCGUCAUUCUCAGGCGGAUUUUCUAUUUUUUUAAAGUCUAUUUUAUUGAUUGGAUGUGAGCACUGGCAAGGGGACGCGACGUCCCCUUGAUAAAGUCUCAGUUCCGUGGAGGACUUGAGUGGCCCGAGGCUUGCCACUGUGCCCCCACCCCAGCCCACGUGUUCACGUAAAGGCUGGUUCCCAGAAGCAGGGGCUGCAGGGCACUCCCCACCACAGCGCUGGGUCCUUAGUGGUGGUGGGACGUCAGACUCGACCCUGAGCUAAAGUCUGUCAUCUGGCAAAUUCAGUAGAUUGGAGAGUACUGUUUUUAUCCCAGAGGAGUAUUUAACUGGUGGCUUCUGCCUCCAUGAAUCAUCAUGCAUGAUGAACCGUUGUGUCAAAAGAAAAAAUAAAAAUCCAGAGUACCAGUUGCAUUAUGCACAUAAGGGUAAGCUUAAUUUAUUAAUUCACUAGGCUUGAUAAGAUCCUGUUGGAAGUUUAGCCCAUGCGGAGGACAGCAGCCAUCAGUUAAAUGAGGUUAGGCCUCCCCUGCUAAUACUGUUCUGAUUGACUGUCAAUGCAUAAUUAGCCGGGUGAUGCACUUUAGCUACCCUGGACAAUACUAUCAAGUGUGCUGGCAAGGGAGGACGGGAGGCCCGCGCAGGGGGCUCCCCUCGUCCCAACAUUGCAACAAGAACCGGAACAACAAGACGACCAUGGCGUGCAGGCCGAGUCGGGCGGUGCUGUGUAAGUGAACUACCUCAAGGUAUGAAGUUACCUCAGCAAUGAUGUUCCUUUGUGUUCCCCCCAACCCCACUUUUUUUUUUUUUAAUUUUUUUUAUUUUUAAUUUUCAAUCUUUUUUUUUCUUUGCGGCUUGCUGAUAUUUUAUAUAAAAAAAGAAAGAAAAGCAAAGCAAAAGAGAAGCUGAUAGUCUUGAAUAUUUUAUUUUUUUAAUGAAAAGAAAAAAAUGAGAAAGUUAUGUUUCAUAAUUUCUUACAACGUGAGCCAGUAUAGCCCUUCAGGAACUGUCUGGAGAACAGGCCCUGUGGGAGAGGCAGCAGGGGCUGGCCCCUCCAGGGGGCCCUGGGGCAGAUGGGGGGAGCCCAGGGGCAGAGCGCAGAGCCCGGCCCGGCUGGGGGCCCUGCUGGCAGAGCUGGGAUGAAGCCGGGGCCCAGCCGCCACCGGGCCCUUGGUCUCCCCUCUUCUCCCCUUUGGUUAAAUAGCAACCCGGCCGGUUUUUUCCCCCAGCCGUGCUGUUGAGAUAUUUAAAACUAUUGCCUCCGUUUUAUCGAGGAGAGAAAAACUAAAUAAUAACUAAGAAAUAUACCCUUUUAAAGAAAAAUCUAUAUUUGUCUGAAAACAUGGAAGCCAAGAUUUCAUUCAUGGAAGAAAAGCCAGGCCCCCCUCUCCCUCUCAGCGAGGCCCGCCUGCUUGGGGAUGGCAGUGCUUUGCGUGUUUGACUUUGGUCGCGGUUUUGUUUCAGUCCUGUCUUGCUGUUCUUUGUCAAUAUCCUCACGGACUGAGAGACAAACAGCUUUUCCGAACACUGCCCGCCCUCCAUCUCCCUUGUGAUCUCUAAAUUGAGUGAUGGAUUCUGAAAGCGGACCCUGACUUAGGGGAUGCUUUGGCUUAGGGGGUAGGGGGCAGCUAGGAGGGGCGGAGUGGAGCAAUGGGGACCUGACGGGGGCAGAGUCCUGUCUCACCGUGGUCUGACCACUUUCUCCCCGUGGCAUCCCUUCCCAAGCCCCUGGAACUGGAGUCCAAAGAAAGGACAAGCAGGACAGCGGUCAGGGACACUGGUCAGGCCAGCAGAACGAAGCCUCCCACCUGUCCCAACCACAGAAAGGGUCUCCCAACUUUUCCAUCUCUGGCUCUCUGUUCUUUGUCCCAAAGUGAAGCCGAUCAGCAUUCAGACAUUGGCCAUUUUAGUGAUUGGAAGUGACUUUCCAGCAGCAAGCGUGUUUUGAUAUCUGGUUCAAGCUGUCAUCAGGAAAAGAACCCCGCAGUACCUGGAGUGUGAUUGUUGCAGUGUCCCGUUGUCCCCGGGGGCCUGCUCCCUUCACGGCGGAAGCCCCUGUCCCUUGCCACCGUCCAGUCUGACUCAGCUCCCCGCGGGGACCGGAACGGGUGUGGCGGGGCUGGAAGGCCGACGUGGGUCAGGCCUGGCCCCACUCAUCGCUGAUAUUUGCCCAGCAGGAAAAUCAUGCAAGUUGCAUGAGCAGAAAGUGAAAGGAUAUGCUUUGGUGGUUAAGGCUGAGCGAGCUGGGGGACCUGUCUCCCGGGGCCUCCCCUGCCGUGCAGGCUGGGUCCUGGGGCCAGGCCUCGCCCUGCCCAGCACCUGUCUUUGCCCACACUUGGUGAGAUAGCAAGCUACUGCAAAAAGCACCUGGAAGAAUUGGAGGAUAGGAGAGAAGUGACGUUGAGGAAAAGGCUUCCGUGCUUGGAGAUGAGUGUGUGUGCGCGUGUGCGUGUGUGUGCCACAUACGGAGUUCUGAGAAAGGACCGUCUCUGUAGGAUUGCUUUUGAAAUUCUUUGGAACAGAUGAAAACCAAAACGGUUUGAUUUACUGACUGACGUUGGAGCUGCACCUGCCAGCUACACCCCAGUGGCUUUAAUCCCCUCUAGGGCUCGUUUGCCUUUUGCAGUUGGAUCAGGCUGUGGACUCAGCUCCGGGGGUGGGGGUCGGGGUCCGGGUAGGAGAGAGCCAGUGUGACGGACGGCAACUGCCCCCUUUCCACCUGUCCUCCCGACUCUUCUCAGCCUUGCCCGCCUUUCCCUGCGCUCUCCGCUUCUGGGGGCAGUUGGGAGCUGUUCUCUUAGAUAUGCCUUGCUCUUGGCACUGACCCCACGUCCAGCCCAGAGAACACUGGAGGAGGACACUCCAGUUGGUUCUGCGUGUCCGUUUUCUUCUGUGCCAAAGACAGAGGCUGAGAGGCCACUUCCACGUCCUCGCAGGAGCCGGGUUUCCCCCAGAGCCGGACUGCCUGGGAGGAGACAGCAGGAGCCCUGACCCCCGUGGGCUCAGUCGUUGCACUUUGGGGAAGGCUGGGGCCUCCUUCCUGGGGGACCCCUGCUCAUCCCUGUCCCCACUGCAGAGAUGGCUCUGGGCAGCUCCCUCCUGGCUUGGCAGACCGGCCGUGGGGAGGGGCCUGUUAGCUGUCAAGGGUGCCUUCCCCUCCCCGCCGCCCCAGGCGGACCCUCUGCCCAGCUGGGAGCCAGCCGCACUGCCAACUACCUCGCAGAGCCCACAGGGCCUGCUCCAGCCUCCCAACCCCGGGGGCCGCCCCUCCCCCGCACCUCAGGCACUCCCCGUGAAGUGUUGGUGAGAGGGGUUCCUAGCGGCUUUGUGGUUCCAACUCUGGCUGUUUUCCUAACUCAUUGACAUCCAGUAGGAGGAAAACACGGCCCAUCCUAGUGAUUGCAGAAAGCAGAAGAGACCCCCACCCAUGCCAGUGGACGCGACAGCCAUCUUCCUUCCAGGGAUUCCAUGGCUUGGAUGCACGUUCUCUCGCAUUUCCACGUAGACUUCCCACCAGCGGGAAUCUCCCCGGUGUCUUUCCUUUGGAUACACAGGGCUUCUCCCUCGGGUAGCAGAAGGCGGCUGGAGAGGGUGGGCGGGGCCUUGGCCCCAGCCUGCCCCCGGCCCUGCGACCCUCUUGGCAAGUCAGCAGGUUCAAUACGGACUGACAAGACGAAAAGGAUUUUUUGUUAUUCUUAAAUGAAAUAGCAAGGAGCUCCUUGGGAGCAUGUGUUUUGAGUAACCACAGGUAAUGGAUGCUACGAGUAUAAAUGGAUUAACUACCUCAAUCCUUACAGUCAGACUGGAAGCUGAGGGCAGGGACUCGUGCGUCAGGGUAUGGAUCCCAGCCGGAAGUGAAUUUGAAGCUUGUGCCACGAAAAGUUUGUCCUCAGGGGACAGACAGGUCUGCCAGGACCCCCACUCAGACAGGUUGGGUGGGUGGGUGGGGGCUGCUUCCGGCCCCCACCCCUGACCUUCCUUGCCUGUGUUGCGCCCCGUCAGCUCUCACUGCUACAGCCGUGUUGGACCAGAUGGUGAGGAAAGGCGUAGCCACUCCCAUUCCCAGAGGGGUUGCGCAGGCUGGGGCUGGGGUCUGGGCCUGGCCUGGCGCGGCGCCCAUCACUCGGCCCCAACAUCAGGAAGCUAGGGGGGCAGAGCUGAGACCUUUUUCAGCCGUGUCUUUGGGGUCCCCCCACCGUCUUCAGCGGGACGGCUGACUCGAGGGCGCAGAAGGUGGUCCGAGGUCCCGGCCUCCGCCGCACGCAGGCGUCUUGGUAGUGGGGCAGCGUCACCGGGCGAAGCCGGCCCCUCCCCACCCGCUGAUGGACCUCCUCCUAGAAGCCCCGUUUCACUUUGUUUUAUCUACCUCUUAGCAGGCAAUAGAGAUGAAUUAGUAGUGGCAACUCCACUUGCUUAGGUUAGGGGGGAAAAAGAUGUCUUUUUCCAAAGGAAAAAAAAAAAAGUUACCUUAAAAAUACUUUCCAAAAAACUACAAAAAAAAAAACCAAAAAAAAAAAAUUUUUUUGAUAAAAAGAGGGAGAUAUUUUCCAGUGACCACUGGAUUGUUUUAAUUUCCCAAACUUUACCUUUUUUUUUCCCCCAUAAUGAAGUUUCACUCUUUGGCGAUUUUCUUCACGUGUUUAAGAUAAUGCUCUAGCUGUUCCGACAGGUACACCUGUCACUCUGUCCCCUUGGCUCGUCUCACCCGUACCCCGUUCCAAGGAGCCCUACCUGGACCCCUCACCUCCUCCCCCUCCCAGCCAGGUGACUUCCGGGGGCUUCACCAGGGACGAAGGCGUGUGUGUAUGUGUGUGUCGUGGGCACUGACGUCUGGACCCUGCACUGCCUCCGGAGGGGCUGGGGGACCCCUUGUAACAUUUCUGUGUGGAUUUCCUGGAAGCCACUGCUACGGGAGGGUGUUCGGAAUGAAUUUCAGCAGCUCAUGAGUUGGCAUAAUGAAUGAACCACCUCUGUUUUUGUGUGAGUUCUCACUCUUUUUCCAGAAUCUGCAGCCAGAAUGUGUCACAAGAGCCGCUUUCCUGAUGGCGGGUGGGUUGGUGUGCAUCUCCUCCCGACGCGGGAGAGCGGCAGGUGUAUUUUUAUGAAUGUGGGGGGGGGGCUGAGCACCCCCUCUUGUGACUUGUGAUUUUCAGAACGAGUGCUACCUUACUCUGUAAUCGCGAUAACUUUGAAAACUGUACAUGACUGGAAAUCUGUCAGCCACCGCCACCCUAAUUCUGAUUGUACCUCUCUUCCCAGCCUUGAGUCUGUUCUGUGCUUGUCUGGGGGGUGGGGCAGCUGGCUCUGACCUUCGCAGGGCACACCCUCCGCUUCUCUUCCCCGUGACAAACCACUGCAUUCCGCUGUUUCAAUUUCAAAAUAAAAGGAAACUUAUAUUCAAA